AUGGACGCGGCCAGCGCGGCAGCAAUGAAGGCCGCCACCGCUUCUGCGAUGUGGGCACCGCGCAGUCUCCAGAUGCCUCCAAGGGCACAUUGGCGAGCGGCCAAGGUUGCAAGUCCCACGCGGCGGGGCAGCGUCUCGCAGACGGGAUCUGGUGGAGGUGCGGAGAUGAUUACCAACGCCGCGGGCCAGGCUGAUGAAGAUGACUUUGACGGCAACUUGGACCAGGAUCCGGACACCAUCACCGAGGUGGAGGUGGCCCGACAGAGGAUUCGGCAGCUGACUCAUGAGCAGGAGAGGGCUGAGGACUACCAGGGCCGCCUGUCAAGGAAGCUCCAGAAGCUGGAUGCAGACCUGGUGUCCAAGCGCGAGGAGGUCGAAGGCUUGCAAAGGAGCUUGCGCCUGGAAAGGGACAAGUUUGCGGAGGAGUACAAGAGCGAGAAGCGGGAAAGAGAAACGAAAGCGACCACCCAAGAGGAACGGAUCCGAGAGUAUUUGACCGAGGUCCUCUACACCAAACCGAAGCAGGUGGACAAGAAAGGCGAGUUUAACUUGGAUACCGUACUUGUGUCUUUUGUGAAGCCGAAUGAGAGCUUCAGGUACAACCUCGCCUUCCGAGUCGACUCAGGAACAAAUGUUGAGCAGCUGCGCAACAGUGCCUGCAAGUACUGGGGCGUAAGUCCCGACAGCUUCAUCUUGCGAACGAUGGCGAACAACAAGUGCCAGGACGACAACAAGGUCAAGGACUGCUUCAAGCAAGGUGAAAUCGCACAGCUUCGGCUCGAGAUGAAGCGCGAAAGCGCCGAGCCUCCUCUGGAGGAAGAGUUGAAGGCAAUCCAGCCCAAGACAAAGAAACGGACAGGCCGACCCAAGAGCGGAAAGCCGCGCUUCAACGCGGAGGGCGUCGAGCAGAUCCAAAAGUUCGGCGAGAACUACGCCAACCAGCUAAAGAAGAUGGGCGGCGUUUACUUCUUGCUGAAGCUCCGUGACACCAAGCCCUCGGAGCAUUCUGCGAAGAUCAAGCUCCGGAACCUGAUCGUCUAUGCCACUUUGGUGGUCCUGUCCGUGUACGUGUACAUGACCCGGAGACCCAUUGGCGACGCCUAUUGGUGUGCCAAGGGUGUACAAGACUACUUGCUGGUCUCCACACCAAUGCCAGGCGUGGAUCCAACCUCAUGCACUGGAGAGUCAUCGCUGGAUCGUCGACUUUGCGUGCCGAGCUUCCAGGACAUUCAGACCCGCGAGGGUAUGUGGAAUUGGUUGAACUACACGCUGCCCAACACUUUCUGGUCCACCACUGGUGAAGGCAGCCUGCCAACUCUUGCCAGCUAUAAUGAGCUGCUGGGGUACGUCUCCAUUCGUGUGCAGAAUGUGAAGACCCCCAACUCGACUGGCUCGACAGAGUUCUGCGUCCAGAAUCAGCAGCUCGUGCAGGCCAUGAAUGCCAUGCUGUCACGAGAAGGUGCGAACAUCACUUGCUAUCCCCGGGCCGUCACGGCCUCCACGCAAGAGACAGCCACGUACGCGGACAUCCAAACCUACUGGCGGGAAGCCGUCGCAGCCAGCUCCGAUCUCGAUGCAAGCUCGAAAGUGCGCGGAAUUGGCAACCCAGCUGUCUUCAGGUCGGCGACGGAGAAUAAGGACAAGCAUGGCAUCGGUUCGAUCGCUGGGUACGUUGCUGACUACGAUGCGAGUGGGUACAGCGUCGACUACCGCAUGACCGUCUCCAAUGCUGCUUUGUCCUUGCCAGAGUACAGAAAAGACCUUAGCUUCUUCCGGGAGAACAAGUGGAUCGAUGACAGCGCCACACGCAUGGUCGUUGUGUCUUUCACGACCUACAACUUCGACUAUGACCUCUGGACGGCCAGCGACUUCCUCCUCGAGCUGCCUCCGGACGGUGACGUUCUGCCCAGCUUCUCGGUGAAGCCCUUCAAGCCGCGAAUCUAUGAGACUCGAUCGGAGCUCACGUACACGUACGUCGAGUAUGUGCGUUUAGCGAUCGGCAUCUACAUCCUGAUUUUCGUAGGAUGGUCCGAGCGGCACCACAAGGUGAGAAACCACAAGGCCGGCUUCUACUACCACAUCUCCUUGGCGGGGAUCACGGAUUUGGGCCUAGUGACAUGCAUGUUUGUGACCUUGAUUUGGCGGACGGUGGAGUUCCAGAGUUCAUCCACGGCGGCCUACCUCGAGAGGGCACAAGAUGCUGGCAGAACGCAUGGGUUCUAUUCCUUCCGUGAGAUGGCUUGGAACUACAACACCAUCUUCAUUGUAGACGGCAUUGUCAUGGUGUUCCUGAUGUAUCGGAUGAUUACCUUCUUCCGAUUGAGCCACACCGUCUUCCUCCAGUGGCGAGCCGUUGGUCAGGCGUUGAAGAUGUUCAUCUUCUUUGCCAUGAUCAUCGUGCCGGCAUUCGCAGGCUUCGUGGUUGUCUCAACCAUGCUCUUCGGCCGCUACAUCCAAGGUUUCUCAAGUUUGGGCCUAUCGGCCAUCUCUUCCAUGAAGUUAGUGGCUGGCAAUCUGAACCCGCAAGUGCUCAACAGAGAUUUGGUGACUGCUGUGAUUUCGACCGUUGCGCUCUACCUACUGCUGACCUUCUUCUUGAUGAACGUGUUUGUCACGAUCUUCGUGGACGCCUACUACGUGGUGCGGCUGACCUCCACACAGCAAGCGGAGAAGUGGGAUGGACAGCGAAUCCGUACCUGGGCUUUGCCCGGCGUGUGCGUCAGCAUCUUCCAGGCGAUUCUAUCUGCGGGUGAGUCAGAAAGUAGGGACUAA